UGGCGGCCACGGGGACUCCGCUACACUUCCGGCGCACAGCGGCGGCCGCUCUGUGAGCCUGUCUCGACUGCCGCGGCGGACUCGGGUGAGCGGCGUCUCCGCGGCCGCUUCAGGCCGGGACCCCUCUCGGGACGGGCCGCGGGGUCCUAGCGCCGCCGCCGCGGGAGGGGAGCGAGGGAGCGCGGCCGUGAGGUGAAGUGAAGGGAGGAGGCGCCUCAAACCCCCUCGGUGUCCGGGCCGGAGGAGCCGUCUCGCUUAGGGAGCGGUGCGUGUGCUGCACUCCCGCGGUCAGCUCCGUGCCUCUCUUUAGGGGCCGGCGCCGCCAUGACCAGAUGGGCCCGUCGUGGCGGCGCUGCCGCCGAGAAGGCGCUGGCGGCCACCCCGUGGGAGGAGAUGGCGGGGCGGGAGGGCGGCCCGGGCCCGCGGCCGGGGAAGAGGGAGCAGGAGAAGAGGAAGAAGAAGAAGAAGGAGUACCUGAACGAGGACGUGAACGGGUUCGCGGCGUUCCUGCGGCAGAGCUGCCCGAGUGGGGAGGCGGCCGAGGCGCUGAGGAAGGACCGGCGGCGGGAGGGGAGGAGGCUGAGGAGGCAAGAAAUGAAGAAAAAUGCCAUGGUAUGUUUCCACUGUAGAGAACCUGGCCAUGGUGUUGCUGAUUGUCCUGCAGUGCUUGAAAGUCAAGAUAUGGGUACGGGGAUCUGUUACCGGUGUGGAUCCACAGAACAUGACAUCAGCAAAUGCAAAGCAAAAGUAGACCCAGCAGUUGGGCCGUUUCCGUAUGCAAAAUGUUUCAUCUGUGGUGAGAUGGGUCAUCUGUCAAGGUCAUGUCCAGAUAAUCCCAAGGGAUUGUAUGCUGAAGGUGGCAGCUGCAGACUUUGUGGCUCUGUGGAGCACUUCAGGAAAGACUGUCCGGAAAAACAGAACGCAGAUCAGGUUACAGUUGGGCGAUGGGCUGUUGGAAUGAGUGCAGAUUAUGAAGAAAUCACAGAAACGUCAAAGCUGCAAAAACCGAAAGUGAAAGUACCCAAAGUUGUUACUUUUUGAGGGCCUCUUGACUCUAAACCUGUUCUCCUGUACUGCUUCUCUCCGGAGUACUGGCCACGCUGAGUGGAUAACUCGUUCCAGAAAAUCAACCAGACUGUCACUGUGGCUACAUUAUUUCUUUAUCCCCCCUCAUUUUUCCAGUUUGCCUCCCAGUCUUGCCUAGCUUACUGAAAAGCUGUGAGCAACAGAAAUACAGUGAGCAGGUAUUUUAUUUUUAUAUAUCUCCACCAAAAUACAGCAUUUUCUCUGAAUCACAGAGGGAGUUAUGCAGAGGGAAACUGACUUCUUGUAACAGGGAUGUGGCUGUGGUAACUAAAAAGGAUUUGUGCAUUUUGCCACGGGGGUCUAUGACCACUGGAUUUUGGUGUCAGUAUUGUUACCUUAAGAAUGAUGCUUUUUCAUGUUAGGUGUGAACACAAUCAUGCUGAUCUUAAUAAUAGUAUUUCUCUGUUUCUCUGAAAGGGACUGUGGGUAUUUCCUAAAGACUCUCUUUGGUUUCUGGUCUGGUUUUGCCUUCUUUUAGAAAUGGAUUUCUUGCUCUGUAUGUGCCAGCCUGAGCAGUCUCGUGGUGAAGCUGUCAGGUAUGGCCUGCAGAGCUUGAGAGCACAAUUCCCGCUGCUCAGCUAAAUGUGUAUGUGCAUUAACGUGAUAGGUUAUGCAUGUUGGGUUGUUUUGAGUAUUUGUCCCCUAGCAGAAGUGGAAUCAUGCCGUUCCUCUGCUGUCCAUGGUAACAUACACCCAAAAAGACUUGGAGAGCAAGUGAGUAGCUUGCUUACUUUCUGUAUUUUUUUCAAGGAGCGUGUUCAAAAGUCUUGGUGAGCUGGGAGUGAACUUCGUAUUACAUGCGCAUGCUUACUGGCAGAUUUAUUUAUUUUUAAAUGGAGGCUGCAGCCUGAAAAACUGACCCAUAUUAAUGAAGUCACAAAACCAACUGAAAACAGAGUUCCUACAACAGCUCUGCAGAUGCUGUAGUAAUUCAGCGCGUGCAGCCGGUGGCAGUGGGUUUUCCCUUGCGUCUGAUCAUCUGACCCAAGAGGAACAAGGAAACACAGUGUUUUUGGAGAAGUGCAGCUCGAGCUCAUCCCGCAGCGCAAGCUGCACAGUGAUAAACCUAUUGCUGCUAAGGAUUGAUUUAUCCUUUUAAUAAAAGUGUCCCGAUGGUCCGUACAUCGCCUUGGUGAGAAGAUCAAACAUGAGAUAGCAAGUUUGCGCUCAGGACAGCGUUUUGAGGUGCUUUGGACCAGCCAUAGAAACGGUAGAUUUGGAACAUCCUUUUUUUACAGAAAAAAAAAAACCCAAAUACAGGAAUUUAAUUGCGUGGAUAUAUCACAGUAUCACAGUAUGUUUGGGAUUGGAAGGGACCUCAAAAGAUCAUCUAGUCCAAUCCCCCUGCUGGAGCAGGAACGCCUAGGUGAGGUCGCACAGGAACAUGUCCAGGCGGGUUUUGAAUGUCUCCAGAGAAGGAGACAUAUAUUUUAUAUUUGUACAUGUUAAUUAUUUUUAAUAAAAUGCUGCUGAAGAGUGCAA